AUGCCUCCCCGCAGAGGACACUCAAUUCCUCCACCACCACCACCAGCUGAGGAGAAUCUACCCCCACCACCUCCUAUUGUACCUGGGGUUACGCCACAGGAUUUUAUGGGAGCCUUUACAAAUUUUAUGAAUUUUGUGCAACAACAGGCUACAGUUGGCGCUAACCAACCACAACCAGGGCAACAAGCCCCAAGGAGAGAGGAUACCAGCAGGGUGAUGGAAAAAUUUAAGAAAUUGGGACCACUGGUCUUCAAGGGAGUGAGUACAGAUCCCUUGUGGCCAUCAGUUUGGGUUGACGAGAUGGAGAAAAUCUUCAGAGUCUUGGAGUGCACCGACCUCCAAAAGGUCACUUGCGCCACAUUCAUGCUACAGGGAGAAGCUAAUAUGUGGUGGAAGACUUCUAGGCAGAUACUGGAAGCUCAAGAUCCAGUAAUUACAUGGGCAAAAUUCUUAGAGGCCUUCUACGAGAACUUCUUCCCUGAAAGCCUCAGGGAGAGAAAGGAGGUGGAGUUUUUACAUUUGACACAGGGAUCAGAUUCAGUGAUGGCCUACAAAAAGAAAUUUGAGGAAUUGGCUUGGUUUGCACCUGCACACAUUGAUACUGAUGCUAAGAAGGCUAAGAAAUUUUUGAGAGGUUUGAAUCCCCAAUUGAAGGGAUCAAUCGUAGUAUUGAAGCUGAGAUCAUAUGCUGAGGUGCUAGAGAGAGCACUAUUAUUGGAGGACAGUCAGAGGGGUACUAUACAGGGUAACUCGAGUAAGGUACAGGGAAAGAGGCCUAUUGACAGUCAGCACUCUAGGGAUGAUAGACCCCAGAGGCAUCAGAGGACUCACUAUGAGCAGACCACACAGACUUCUUGUCGUACAUGUGGUAAGCAUCACAGUGGACAGUGUAGGCAGAAUUCUGAUAAUUGCUAUAGAUGCGGAGGACGAGGUCACAUGGUAAAGGAUUGCCCUACCUCAUUACCUCGUGAAGCACCACGGCUUGGACAACAAACAACACCACCGCAGAGGUAA